GAUCGUACCAGACACGAGCUGAACCAGAUUGGGCUGCCAGAUGGCACGCCCUUCAUGACGGACGCCGAAGGCGUGCAACACUGGACGUGGGCCCGUGUCACCAACAACAAAGAAGAGGAGCUGAUCAACAAGCUCCAGAAGUACGGGGUGUGCCUGGACGAGUUCACCUGGCAAAGCUUCGUGGAGCUCUAUGACGAAGUCUACGAGAAGCAGCAGUCGCAGCUGGAGCCCGUAGGGGGCGAACUGGUGAGGUAUGUCCGCAUCGUGAAGAUUUGGCUUUGGGCCAACGUCCUGAACUGCCGGCAUACGCUGGUGCUGAGGACCAAGCAGCAGCAUUCUCGGACUCAUGUGAUGAACUCACCCCGGGUGCUGUCCAUGCGGAUGUCCGAGGAGCAGGGUUGGCAGGAGGCUGUGGUGGAAGCUCUGACUGGGCGCCUGGGUAUCAGUGAGGCUCUGCAGCGAGAGGGCUUGCACGUCAGCGAGGCAGCUUUCCGACAAGAAGUUGAGUUCUCUCCAAGCUUCCCUGGCCUGAAAACGCACUACGGGAUCAGCGAGGUGCAUGUUGAGGUGCUGAAUCCGCAUGAUCAGCGCUGGACGAGCAUUGGACUUCCUGCCGGAGUCGAGUUCACUUUCGUCCGCACGCAGGAAAGUGCCGGAGGCGAGACGGACACGGUAGUGACGAGGUGGGGAUGGACCAAUUCACACGAGCUGGAUGCGGAGACCGCUUGCGUUAAGCGCAAGUCGAUCUUCCCUUCCUGGAAAGACGGGAGCCUAAGGCGACGGAAGCAAAAAAGCGUCCACGAGCAGGACAGACAGGUAGAAAUCCCGGAGCCUCUAGAGAUCCGCGGCACGCACGAGUUGGUUAUCGGCCGCAUCAUGGAGGGCAAGACAACCGACUGGGCACGUGCACGCCGAGCUGCCGAGCAGAUUAGGAGUCCCAAGUACACCACGAAGGAGUUCCACGAUGACAUCACAACUGCUUUUCCAGAGCUUCGCCUGUAUUGCCUGGUUCAGCAAGAAGAGGACGACAUCACCAAGAGCCAGAGCCAGACUUCAUCAGCCAGCAUCACAGCUUCUGGGCGGUCGGCUUUCGACGAGUAUCAGCGCACGAUUGGUGCCCUGUUCUGCGUUUUCUGGCUGAUGCGGCAGCAUUUGGAUGGCCGUGAGUGCUUCGCGUACGGCUUGAACCAAGACUGGCUCCCGCGCACGCAGAAGGACUUCACAGACGAGAAUGACAGCGGCCACAAUGAUGAACUUCAGUUGGAGUGGCAGAAGCGCCAUGACUUCUACGAACACACGGAUUGGGCCGCUUUUGAGAACCUCCUGAUCGUUGCAGGGCUCAUGAAGAAGGGAGGCCCGCAUGAUGCAGAAAGGACGUUGGCACUGCUCGUCUUGAUGGUCAUCCAUGACCUGAUGAAGCUGGAUCGAUUGCGGCCAAUCUGUUCCGCGAAGACCUUCAUGGGCUACAAGAAGGGCGAGUCGAUUGGCGACCACGACAUUGCGCUGAGCUAUGUCCUGGAGCGCCACCCCUUGUGUUUACCCUCCUUUGCUGGGCUGCCGGGUGAGCAGCAGAAGAGCAUCCGCUUCACCCACUGCAAGUUGGAUUACAACAUGGGCUGGCUGGUGCAAGCAGAGGCACCCCCUGGAGCACUGUUUCGUGCUUUCCGACGCGUCAUCCAAGCAGGCGUUUCGACGAACAAGGACACUUCCACGGAAGUGGCGUUCUACUUCAUCCACUGGUUCGCAGACCUGGCUGGUGCAGAGCCAUGUCCACUCCAGGGCUGCGAGAAGUUUGUGCUGAAGUUCCCGAAGCAGGUGCUUACCAGCUUCGUGGAUUCUUUCCCUGUGGUUUGGAACUUGGGUCCGAAGACCGAAACCCAGGUCUACGAGGACUACCUCGAGUGGCGAUGGCAGAACCUGCCUUCCCUGGGCCCAGUCCCGGCUGAUGCGACGGCCAUCGCCAAAAUGCGCCUCGUCAUCAUGGCCCAGAAUGAUGGCAGCGAAAUCAUCCGUGCGCUCAGUCAGCUGGACCGAGAAGACAUGGAGAUCAUUUGCGAGGAGCUGUCGCUGACAGGUUUGAGCGACCAGUCCUUUACGAAAGUGAUCGGCCCAAAGCCGUCCGGCCAGAGGUUUGCCGGGUCCGCAUUCUCCGAUGAGGAAAGUGCAGAUCGAGCGAACCGGGAAGGAUGA